CGUUUUUCCUCUUUUGUCCUCUUACGUCUCUUUCCUCUCUCUCUUCACUGUAUCUCUGUCUCUUCUUCCUUUUUCCCGAAGUAGAAGCACACACGUAUACCCAAAAUGUCCGAAAUCAUCCACAAGAUGAAGGAGAAAGUGGGAUUGGGUUCGUCGGCGGCGGAUGCGGAUUCAGGGAAGGGGAAAAGCAGAGUGGACAAGCACGUCACCCAUGGCUACCACCUGGUGAAGGGCAAAUCCCGCCACCCAAUGGAAGACUACAUCUUCGCCGAGUUCCGCAAAGUCGACGGCGGCAACGAGCUCGGCCUCUUCGCCAUCUUCGACGGCCAUCUCAGCCAGACGGUGCCGGACUACCUCCGCAGCAAUCUCUUCGACAACAUCCUCAAGGAGCCCAAUUUCUGGACGGAGCCGGACAAGGCGAUAACCAGGGCCUACCGCGCGACCGACACCGACAUAUUGGAUGAUGCAGGGGAUUUGGGGAAAGGCGGCUCCACGGCGGUGACCGCGAUCCUGAUAAACUGUGAGAAGCUGGUGGUGGCGAAUGUCGGGGAUUCUCGCGCCGUGAUUUCGAGGAACGGUGUGGCUAAGCAGUUGUCUGUGGAUCACGAGCCCGGUUUGGAGAAGGAAGAGAUCGAGAAUCGCGGCGGUUUCGUCACCAAUUUUCCAGGGGAUGUUGCAAGAGUGGAUGGGCAAUUGGCCGUGGCUAGAGCAUUUGGGGACAAGAGUUUGAAGCAGCACCUGAGCUCAGACCCAGACGUCGUGGUCGAAAUGGUCGAUGAUGAAGACACCGAUUGCAUUAUACUAGCCAGUGACGGCCUGUGGAAGGUAAUGUCGAACCAGGAAGCGGUGGAUGCUAUCAAGGACGUGAAGGACGCUCGUGCAGCAGCGAAGCGGCUCACCGACGAGGCACUCAAUCGGAACAGCUCGGAUGAUAUUUCUUGCAUAGUCAUUAAGUUCUAGGCCUCUUGUAGUUGUUCCAUUACAGUUUGAAUACUGCAUCUCGUGUAAUGUAAUCUCUGCUAAUUGGAACAUCUUUGUUUAGCUUUACACAUGUAGCUUGUUAGCUCCAUCACUGCUUUCUUCUGCUAUUUUCUCUUUCACGUUCUUGGUUUUGAGAAGAGUCCUCUGUUCUGUAGGUUACAACAGUUUCUUCCCCUGUUUUCCUUGCCCUUAAUGCCAUUAUCCUUUUCUCGGAAGAGCUUGAGAACUAUACAAAUAUACAGCAAGUCACAGGUUGAGUCAUUGCCGAUAAAAACCCAAAGCAAGAGAGGAAAACCGAGGGAGUAAUAAGAAUUGGAUCAUGAAGUACGAUCUUAACAGAUAACAAGGCCUGAUUGAAAUCUUAGGGGCACAACAUUAUUAAAAGGACAUGAAAAGAGGAGAAUGAACUUGAAGCUCAAUCUUUCUGGGGCAAGCAUUUCUCAAUCUUCUCAUCCUUUCACAGCAUUGCAAUGUCGUGUGCUAUUGGUAUCAAGUGCAAGCUAUGCUUUCUUCUGACCCCGGAGCCGAAACGCUCAGUCAUGUCAAGAGUUUCGGGGGUGAUUCCAACAGGAAGCUGCCAGUCAAAAUGAUAGAGCAGCUUCGCCAAUACAAGCUUCACAACAGCCAAUCCGGACGACAUUCCCGGACACAUUCUUCUUCCAGAACCAAAAGGGAUUGAUUCGAAAUCACUCGCACGGUUGAGGAAUCGUUCAGGCUUAAAUUCAUCAGCCUCUUGCCAACAACGAGAAUCUCGCCCAAUAGCCCACGCAUUGAUGAUCACUUUAGUUCCGACAGGAAUCUCGUAUCCCAUGAUCUCAACCCUGUCCCGAGCUACUCUCGGAAGAAGCAGAGGAAGCGGAGGGUGCAAUCUCAAACUCUCCUGAAUAACCAGAUCCAAAUAAGUCAGAUCGUGAAGACACUCUUCGUCCACAUUCUUCUCACCACCAAUCGUUCGCCGCACCUCUUCUUGUACUCUUCGCAUAACAUCCGGACUUCUCAUCAAUUCCGACAUGGUCCACUCCACUGUUGUCGAGCUCGUCUCAAUCCCAGCCAAGAAUAUAUCCUAACCCACAAAAAUUCGCAGUUCAGGAUCAAUUCAAGACGAUGAAGAAGCUAAAAAUGAAAGAUCAAACUCACAAACUUACCAAAAUGACUGCUUUGAUUGCCUCUGUAGUCAAGGGGAUCUCCAACUCAUGGCUUUCAUCCUCCUGAAGAUUAAGAAGAACAUCCACCAGAUCAUCAGCAGCACCUUCACCGCUUCUUCCACCUCGAUCUCGUCGAACUUUGUGUUCAUCAACGAUUUCUUGAAGCAAAGCAUCAGUAGCAAGAUGCAUUCUGGUGAGAUGAGAUCUAUACCCAGUCAAAUACGGCAGAAAUUUCAGAGAAGGGUAAACAUCCGUCACUCUCAAACCUCCCGUAGCAACCACAAUAUCCUCAAUCAAACCCGAGAAGGUAGCUUCUUUACUCAUCGUCUCCUUCGCCAUCCCAAACGCCGCCCUGAAAGUAAUCCCACUCGUCGCCGCCGCCACGAGCCCGCCUAGGUCAACGCUUCCCCCAACUCCGCCGUAGACGGCGGCGGCCAGCUUGGAGACCUCCGAUUCCCUAAUUGGCCGGAAGGAUGAAACCCUCUUGGAGCUCAGAAGCUCCAUGACGCAGAUCUUGCGCAUCUGCCGCCAGUGCUCGCCGUAGGGCGCCAGGCCGAUGUUCUGCGCGCCGUAGAACACGAUCUCCGACACCAGCAGCCAGGGCCGGGUCGCGAAGUUGAGGUCGUGGGCCUUCAGCACUUCCCUGGCGGCCUCUGGGCUCGAGACCACGAUGUAGGAGAGCUCCCCGAGCUGGAGGCCCAUCACGUCCGGGCCGUGGGUCUGGGCCAGGUCGCGGAGGCGGUGGUGCGGCAGGUCGGAGACAAGCUGGUGGAGGUUGCCGAGCACCGGCAGCUUCCACGGCCCUGGCGGCGGCGGUCGACGACGUGAUCUGCUGCUGCUUGUUGUUGCAGCAGAGUUUUUGUAACGGAUUAGUACAGGUAUCAGCAACGCGGCGGCGAUUGUGAUGAUGAUGAAUGUGACGGAGAUGAUGGGGAUCUUGGAGACGUAUUGUUGCAGUAAUGGUGAUAGAGCCAUUGUUUUUUGAUGGGUUCGAAUUCAAACAACAGUCAGAUAAUAAUUCAGAAUUCGUCGAGAAUCAUUUCAAAUGGAUGGAGCAGCGGGUUGGAG